GAGCUCUCCGGGGCCCCCGCGCGCCCUGCUAGUUGUUAGCUAUGGCAAAUGGCAGCGGCGUCGGCGGCAGCAGCAGCAGCGCCUCGGGAGGCAGCGGCGGCAUUAGAAUGAGUAACAGCAUCAGCGCCAGCAAUCUCAACACGGACUCGUCCUCGUCCCCGGUCAGCGUGCCCAAGAUGGAUGCGCUCAUCAUCCCGGUGACCAUGGAGGUGCCCUGCGAUAGCCGCGGACAGCGCAUGUGGUGGGCUUUCCUCGCCUCGUCCAUGGUCACGUUCUUUGGCGGGCUCUUUAUCAUCCUGCUCUGGAGGACCCUCAAGUACCUGUGGACCGUCUGCUGUCACUGCGGGGUCAAAAACAAGGAGGCCCAGAAGAUUAAUGCUGGUGGGGAAACCCAGGCUGAUGGGACCUGCAAACCUACAGAUGAGAAAGAGGAGACUGUCGCAGCGGAAGUGGGCUGGAUGACCUCUGUGAAAGACUGGGCAGGAGUGAUGAUAUCUGCCCAGACUCUAACCGGCAGAGUCCUUGUUGUCUUAGUCUUUGCUCUUAGUAUUGGUGCUCUUGUAAUAUACUUCAUAGAUUCGUCAAACCCAAUAGAAUCCUGCCAGAAUUUCUACAAAGAUUUCACGUUACAGAUAGACAUGGCUUUCAACGUGUUCUUCCUACUCUACUUCGGCUUGCGUUUCAUUGCUGCCAAUGACAAGUUGUGGUUUUGGCUGGAAGUUAACUCGGUAGUAGAUUUCUUCACAGUCCCUCCAGUGUUUGUGUCAGUGUAUUUAAACAGAAGUUGGCUUGGUUUAAGAUUUUUAAGAGCCCUUAGACUGAUACAGUUUUCAGAAAUUUUGCAGUUUCUGAAUAUCCUAAAAACAAGUAAUUCCAUCAAGCUGGUGAAUCUGUGCUCUAUAUUUAUCAGCACAUGGCUGACAGCAGCUGGGUUCAUACAUUUGGUGGAGAACUCAGGGGAUCCAUGGGAAAAUUUCCAAAAUAACCAACCACUUACAUAUUGGGAAUGUGUCUAUUUACUAAUGGUUACAAUGUCCACUGUUGGCUAUGGAGAUGUUUAUGCAAAAACAACCCUUGGUCGCCUUUUCAUGGUCUUCUUCAUCCUCGGGGGAUUGGCCAUGUUUGCCAGCUACGUCCCUGAAAUCAUAGAGUUAAUAGGAAACCGCAAGAAAUAUGGUGGUUCCUAUAGUGCGGUUAGUGGAAGAAAGCACAUAGUUGUCUGUGGUCACAUAACACUUGAAAGUGUGUCCAACUUCCUGAAGGACUUCCUGCACAAGGACAGGGAUGAUGUGAACGUGGAAAUCGUCUUUCUGCAUAAUAUCUCCCCUAACCUUGAGCUGGAAGCUCUUUUUAAACGACACUUCACUCAGGUGGAAUUUUAUCAGGGUUCAGUUCUCAAUCCGCAUGACCUGGCAAGAGUAAAGAUAGAGUCAGCAGAUGCAUGCCUAAUCCUUGCCAAUAAAUACUGCGCUGACCCAGAUGCUGAAGAUGCCUCCAAUAUUAUGAGAGUAAUUUCCAUAAAGAAUUACCAUCCGAAGAUAAGAAUUAUCACUCAGAUGCUGCAGUAUCAUAACAAGGCCCAUCUGCUAAAUAUCCCAAGCUGGAAUUGGAAAGAAGGGGAUGACGCAAUCUGUCUUGCUGAGCUCAAGCUGGGUUUCAUAGCCCAGAGCUGCCUGGCACCGGGCCUCUCGACAAUGCUAGCCAAUCUCUUCUCUAUGAGGUCAUUCAUAAAGAUUGAGGAGGAUACGUGGCAGAAAUACUAUCUAGAAGGAGUCUCAAAUGAAAUGUAUACAGAAUAUCUAUCUAGUGCCUUUGUGGGUCUGUCUUUCCCUGCAGUUUGUGAACUGGUGUUUGCGAAGCUAAAGCUCUUAAUGAUAGCCAUAGAAUACAAGUCAGAAAAACGGGAAAGCAGAAGCCGAAAGCGUAUAUUAAUCAAUCCUGGAAACCACGUCAAGAUUCAAGAAGGUACUUUAGGAUUCUUCAUUGCAAGUGAUGCCAAAGAAGUGAAAAGGGCGUAUUUUUACUGCAAGGCCUGUCAUGAUGACAUCACAGAUCCCAAAAGGAUAAAAAAAUGUGGCUGCAAACGGCCCAAGAUGUCCAUCUACAAGAGAAUGAAACUGGCAUGUUGUUUUGAUUGCGGACGCUCUGAGCGUGACUGCUCUUGCAUGUCAGGCAGUGUACAUAGUAACAUGGACACCCUUGAGAGAGCCUUCCCACUUUCUUCUGUCUCUGUUAAUGAUUGCUCCACCAGUUUACGUGCCUUUGAAGAUGAACAUCCGUCAACACUGUCACCCAAAAAAAAGCAGCGAAAUGGAGGCAUGAGAAAUUCACCCAACUCCUCGCCUAAACUGAUGAGGCAUGACCCCUUGUUAAUUCCCGGCAAUGAGCAGAUUGACAACAUGGAUGCCAGUGUGAAAAAAUAUGACUCCACGGGGAUGUUUCAUUGGUGUCCAGGAAAGGACAUUGAAAAGGUCAUAUUGACCCGGAGUGAAGCAGCGAUGACAGUUUUAAGUGGUCAUGUGGUCGUUUGCAUAUUUGGGGAUGCUAAGUCUGCAUUGAUUGGAGUAAGAAAUCUAGUGAUGCCAUUACGAGCCAGCAACUUUCACUACCAUGAACUCAAGCACAUUGUGUUUGUGGGUUCACUUGAAUAUCUGAAAAGGGAAUGGGAGACACUACAUAACUUCCCCAAGGUUUCAAUCUUGCCUGGUACGCCAUUAAGUCGGGCUGAUUUAAGGGCUGUCAACAUCAACCUCUGCGACAUGUGCGUUAUCCUGUCAGCCAAUCAGAAUAAUAUUGAUGAUGCUUCGCUGCAGGACAAGGAAUGCAUCUUGGCGUCACUCAACAUCAAAUCUAUGCAGUUUGAUGACAGCAUUGGGGUCUUGCAGGCUAAUUCCCAAGGGUUUACACCACCAGGAAUGGAUAGGUCAUCUCCAGACAACAGUCCAGUCCAUGGUCUGUUACGUCAACCCUCAAUCACAACAGGAGCCAACAUACCUAUUAUAACAGAGCUAGCUAAGCCUGGCAAACUUCUGCCUUUGGUUUCAAUCAGUCAGGAAAAAAACAGUGGAACCCACAUACUAAUGAUAACUGAACUGGUAAAUGAUUCAAACGUUCAGUUUUUGGACCAAGAUGACGAUGAUGACCCAGACACAGAAUUGUAUCUUACACAGCCAUUUGCAUGUGGAACCGCAUUCGCCGUCAGUGUACUGGACUCCCUCAUGAGCGCUACAUACUUCAAUGACAAUAUCCUCACACUGAUACGGACGUUGGUAACAGGAGGAGCCACACCAGAGCUGGAAGCGCUGAUUGCUGAGGAGAAUGCACUGAGAGGAGGCUACAGCACGCCCCAGACACUUGCAAACAGGGACAGGUGUCGAGUUGCUCAGUUGGCUUUGUAUGAUGGGCCAUUUGCAGACCUAGGGGAUGGUGGCUGUUAUGGAGAUCUGUUUUGUAAAGCACUGAAAACAUACAAUAUGCUUUGUUUUGGAAUUUAUCGAUUGAGGGAUGCACAUCUAAGCACACCUAGCCAAUGCACUAAACGCUAUGUUAUCACAAAUCCACCAUAUGAGUUUGAGCUUGUGCCCACAGACUUGAUCUUCUGUUUGAUGCAAUUUGACCACAAUGCUGGCCAGUCCCGGGCCAGUCUCUCUCAUUCCUCCCAUUCUUCCUACUCCUCCAGCAAAAAGAGCUCAUCAUUUCACUCUAUCCCAUCAACAGCAAACCGACAGAACCGCACCAAGACUCGGGACUCCCGGGAAAAACAGAAUGCAACAAGGAUGAAUAGAAUGGGCCAAGCAGAAAAGAAAUGGUUUACAGAUGAGCCGGAUAAUGCCUAUCCCAGAAACAUUCAAAUCAAGCCCAUGAGCACUCAUAUGGCCAAUCAGAUCAAUCAGUAUAAAUCUACAAGCAGCUUGAUACCACCAAUCAGAGAAGUUGAAGAUGAAUGUUGACUCACAGGAGGCCAGAACUAUUUUUUUAAAAGCCUGACAAACUUCAUGAAUGGUGAUGUGACAUUUAUUCCUCUUACAUGCCAACCCACUGGUGGAAAAGUUAAGAAGGGCGAGUGUUAUGGAAAAAUAAAGUAGACAGAUCUUUGUUUGUCUGCCUUUAAUAUCGCUUCCAUGUAUUUUGGAAACUAUUUCAUUUAUAAAUGAACAUAUUCAAAAUAGUCAUGUAUAGCCUCUAGCAUUUUAAAUUAUUUUUAUUUAUUAGAAAGAAAAUAUAUUUUUCUUUUUGUUUUUUUUUUCAUUGUCAAGUAUUUUUCCCCUUAAAAUAGCUACAUAUGUGGCUAGACUCCUAAAAAAAUUUUUAAAAAAAUCUGCUCUUGCUAUCUCUCAUCUUUGAUGGUCACAAUUAUGAGAAAAUGUAACCAAUAGAGAUAAAUAAUAUAUUAAAAAAUACAAGGUCCAACCUGUAUUUUAAUAAAUCAAAAAAGAAGAAAAAAAAAGAACAGUUGACCAACAUGUUACUUUACUGGAGACUCUGUAUUUUGUUCAGCAUUGACACCAGCUCUUAAUAAACUGAAACGUAUUUAUUUUCAAUGCUGAAAGUCAUAUUUUUGUAGAAAUAACAUUCUUUCUGAACUAUUCAUCAUUUUAUUACCGUAGACAGUGAAGACCUUCCUAACAAUAAUCUUAAGCGCCGGUAAAUUUAAGGUCCAAAACAACCAAAACCAUGCAUUGGUAACUUUCUAUGACAAUAGGGUAGUGAACAUUAGCGUAAAACAAAGGACAUGCAGAUAACAUGCUCAUAGCAGCACUUUCUUAUAGGUUGCAAAAAGUGCAAUUCUGCUUUGCUUCAUGUUGCAUAUUAUCAAUCAGCACUUGCCGACUCAAGGAGUUCAACCUUGGAAAAUCCUCUUCUUUUGCCAGGUUUUUGAGUAUUUUAAUGCAGGGUGUCUAAACAGCGUAUCAGAUCAUGAUAUUCUUAACCUACUCAUCUACUAUAUUUAACUGAGUUCUUGUUCAAAACUACUGGAGUUGUGCCUGAACCAAUCUCUAUCUGAGCCAAACACUUCUUGAAAUGUGGCGAAGUUUGGCUCCAUAGCACAAUUUUGCUGAUGGCCCAUGUUUCAGCAACAGAUAAAAUCAAAACCCCAGUUCUGGGCACACCUGCACUUUAGAUGAGUUCAGAUCAGGAUAGAAACCUUGCAGCUCAGGCUCAUGCCCACAGUGUCUCAACUUGUUGUUGCCAGUUAAUUUCUGUAAAAAUGUUUUAAAUGUUAUUGUUUGCUUAUUUCUUUAAGUUGCUGGACUCCACUCAUACAGGUACAGUGAUAACCAAAACAAAACAAAAGUAAUGAAUGUAUUUAAUAUAACUUACAAAAAACCUUUGAAAAGCUGCCUACAGUGAAAUCAAUUGUAUCAGCAGUUUCACAAAGUGGCCAACAAGCUUUACAGCCAUCAGACAAAAUUGUGAUGUUUUAUACCUGUGCUGCAGUAUGUAUUCAUCCAGGCAUUUGAUGUUCUAAGCGAUUUAGCAACUAUCUCAAUUUCAAAUUAACAUUUGAUACAACUGGAUGAAAGGAUGAGUUAUUGAGGAUAAAAAAGGCCCCGCAGGAAAAGAAAGGUAGGGUCCCAUUGCACGAGUUAACUUUAGGCUUUGUACUUUUGCAGAGUUGCAAAACACCAAGAUAAAACAUACUGUGGUAUUAUUAUCAUUAGAGAAAUAUCAGUGAAUCAGAAACAAAGCAGUACAAAGCUGCUGAAUUUACUGUGAAAAGAGCGUCCACUAUAUAAUCCCACAUUUAAACUAAACUAUCUCAGCUUCAAUGUUUGUUCACUGGCUGCAGUACAAAUAAAACCAUACUGCCACCUAAACAGGCUUUAUUCUGGAGUGACUUUUUGGACAGUGACUAUUCUGUUGUUACAUUUUGUAGAUUAGUUAUUUAAAAAAAAAUUAACAAGAAUUGUUAAUAUAAUGUAUGUAAAAUUGGAUUGUUUAAAAAUAUUUAUAAUCACUAUCCUAUGAAGAAACAAACUAACUUGAGCAGUUUUUAUUCAUAUUUAACCCAUUUCACAAUACCCAAAAUAAAGGAAGAAUCUGGUGGUUUUGAUUUGUUACCACUUUAGCUAAAGGCAAGCUAUAAUUUGCAUUCUGGUUUUGCAUUGUGUCACUUUAAACCUUUCCUUUAAAGUCAGUACUCCUUUUUCAUUCAUGAACUGCAAUAAUUUUAUUACCAGAGUAAAAAGUUGGCCUCAAUCCCAAUAGAAUUGUUGAAAUUUGUGUCAAUCUUGGCCAAAUGCAUUUGAUUUUUAUAGGUCACUUGUUUUAUGGCAGGCAUAGGAAAUUAUUUCUGUAACAUUCAACUUAAGAGUACUUAAAAUUAUUGUGCACAGUGCCAUUUCUUAGCAUCCUUCCUUCCAAUAAAAACUUUACAUGAGAAUUAAAAAAAAACCCACCUGCAUUGCUGAGGCCUGUGUGUCUGUGUCCGCUGUUGAACUAAUACCCCAUAACAGCGUGAUUGCCACUAUAACUAAGUCUUGGGCUACACAAGAACCAGAUCUUUUAAUAUAGGUAAUUGCUAUAGCAUCCAUUUAUACAAACAGAUGUGGGAGCUGUAAAUAAUUAACAACAAACAUUUCCUGCUCUUUCCUUUGAUUACUAAAGAGUUUUUGAGGCAAAGGUUUGGAUUUGGUAAGUUUUUGACAGACAUGUAGAACAGCGGUGGCUCAGGUUCAUUCUAGUACGCAUACAGUAUACUGUAUUCAGGAGAACCAUGUAUAGUUAGUUAUAUGGAUGACAGGAAAGUUCCAGUUUUUAGAUCUUUUGCAAUUUAAAACAAUGGUCAAAUGGAGGCAAUGUGUGUGCAUCUGAAAGCUCUGUCCUCUAUACCCAUCCUGCCAUUUAUUCAGUGUUGUAGUUCCAUAGUGCAGUAAUUAGCAUUGGGACAGGUCUAUUAAAUCUAUCCCUCUGCCAUGACAAGAUGUAGUCCCCUGAUGCAGGGCAUAUCAAAUACUAAACUAAUACUUCGCUGGUCAAAAGGUCAUGAAGCUGCAAUACAAUCUGUGUAUGUGUACAUGUGUAUGUGUCAGUCAUCAGGGCCCCUCAAGCAAAGUGACUACUGGAAUGUCACAGGGCCUAAUUCUCAUUUGAGAUAGACAUGCCCAACUUGUGCUGUCUUGAAUGAGAGCCCAGUGCACACAGCUAAGGGCAGAAAGAUAGAUCGGAAUCACUGAAGGUGAUAAUCACCCUGUGGCAGAGGGCUAGCAAAAAAGCUCUCUGAACUACUUAGGCCCUGCACUGGGGGAGCAGCUGCUCAGCUGCAUCUCUACAUUAGCAGGGAUAUAGGGAGAAGGCCACGUGAUCUGCAGUAAUGAGGACCCAGAGCAGACCUAACAAGCCACACAAGUUGCAUGGAGGAGCUGAUGUCUCUAUUCCAGCCCUGAGGCUGGAGAAGCAGCUGCAGGUGGGUAGGUGGACUGCACCAGCCCACGUUGAAGGUGAGGGUGAAUUUUGCCUUAUCCCAACUGACAACAUAUUUAGCCAAAUAAAGCCCCAUGACUCAGGCCUUAUGCAUGUGACAAGACUUUUUCACCCUUAAUGAAAUAGAUGACUGGAUAAAUGAGGCAUGCUGGUUUAUAAGGGAGACACCUUUUCCUCUCCCCACACAUUUUGAUAAUGUGCAAUGAGGAGGAAGGAAGUACAGAAAAAUAUAUUAUAUUUUAAAUUAAGUUUUGAUAAGGACAACUUGGGUCCUUUAAGGAUCUGAAGUACACAGAGAAAAAACAAAUAAAGCAAGCGAACUCUAUUUGUGCCCUUAGGAAUUUUGCAAUAAUCAGAUACAUAAAUUACUGCACAACAAGAGCAAUAACUUACAAAUGAGUAAUUGAGCAUGUUUUCACGCUCUACAAUCCAUAGCUAUGUUAGCAAUGGCCCCAUUAUAGAUAUCCCAGUCUCAAAGUUACUGUACAAAGCCGUACCUUCUUAACUGGAAGCACAUUGACAAUGGCUUCAAGAAGCCAACGAGUUUUGAAAAAUACUUGUCUUAAGUGUUGUAGCAAUUAUUACUGCACAUUCCCCUACCCCCAUAUAAGUUCAUGUCCCCUGCUUUGUUUCAAUUUUUUUAAAUUAUGUUCUGAAAGCAAAACAAAUCAAAGGGAGGGAGGGGGAGUGCAAAGGCUCUUAAAGAGUGUCUCUGCAUGGCCCACGUAGCUUUCCUUGGUUUGGGCAGAAAACUCUUAUCAACGUCUAUGGGAGCUGUAUGGGAAAAGAGCAUGAUCCUUAUGGUUCACAGUUUGCUAGCUUUCUUCUACAGCACCAGACUGUAAAAUUUUGAUGCUGCUUUUAAAUCAAGUACUAAAAUAGGAGCCCAACUGGUACAUUAAAAUCCUGAUAACGAAGGCCCUGAUACAGCAAAGCAUUUAAGUGCUUAGCUAGUUCCACUGUAUUAGCCACAUUCAAGUAAAUGAGACUAUGCACAUGCUUCGAGUCCUUUGUUGGAUCUGGGCCAAACUGCAGACAUCUUUAACCAGGUUUUUUACAGGGUCUGUUAUAAUUUAUUCUGUGUGUUUUCAGAUCUUAAACAGAAACAAAUGUUUUUACUUUAAAUAUGACCCACUGCAAGUCAUGGGUACUAACACAAUGUUCACAAAGGUAUAACAUAAUACUAGCAUAAUUCAGAUGUAUUCAGUAUGAGUGAAAUUCUCCACUGUACAGAGUUGUCAACACAAGGCCCAUGGUACAACUUAAGCUUUGAGAUGUUAAGUGGCAUUAUACUAAAAUCCAGAAAUUAGCAAUUCUGUACCUUUGCAGAAACACCAUAUGGUUAUAUGCAUUAAAAGCGUUUGGCCACAGAGAUCCAAGACCAAUCUCAAUCUUUGCUUUCACAAGAAGUACAAUUUACACCUAUUUUAAUUUUGUACAGUGGGAUAGUUUUUUCAUCUCUUAUUUUUCCUUCAAUGUGUGUUUACAAUCCAGGUUUUUUUCUGUUCAACAUAUAUAAGCUUCUUUUCCAGGUUCUCUGAUAUUUAGCAGGCAUAUUCAUUUGUAGUUUUUUUCUAAUUAACAGCAUUAUACAUACUCACACCUCUUGCACAGACAUCCAGUAACAUGGAACAUAAAACCAAUUAAAAACUAGCCAUUGAAUAAUCUAUAAACUGCAGUAGUCUAUAUGUCCAAAUAAACUCUAGUAGAGUAUAUACCAAAAGGAUGAGUACCUAUCUACCUAACCUAUUUUUGAACUACUAAAAUUGAUGUUCAGCUUCAGACUUAGCAAAAAAAUUAGAAUAAAGCUCUUCUAUUACUAUGUUCCUCAUUAUGAUAAAUAUCCAUAAAAUACUGGCUCAUUUCAUAUGUCUACUCCAGAACCUGUUGAAGUUGACAGAAGACUCCCAUUGAUUCAAUGAGCUUCAGAGGAGGCCUGCAUGAACAAAAGAACAUAGGCACUCAGGCACAUAAGAGUAAAUGGAGAAAUUUCUGCAAUUUUUAUUUCAUUGAGAUUGAAAAGUGGGAAUGGGAAGUUUUCUGGUAACUAGAAGAUGAAUUUAG